AUCUGCUGUGGUUCCUUGAGUCUGGCAGAGCAAUGAAGCUCUUCCUUUUUACUUCACCCAAAGCUCUGUCUCCAUGAUUCAGUUCUGUGCCGGUGUGCAGAGGCCGAGUUUAAGCAACACUCCUGAGCAGGAGUUCCACAGGUACAAUUAAGUUAUGAAAUCAGUUGAUUAACAAGAGCGGGAUUAUCCGUGUGGGUGUUAACGAAUCACACAAACUCUAGGUCUGAGUCAGAGUCAUGAGAACUUGAUGCACCCUUUCAGACUUGAUGCACCCUUUCUGGCUUGGAGAUGAAGGAGGCCUUGCAGCAAGAGACGCUGGUGGAAUGUCCGGCCGAGGAGCAGCCCCAGCUGACAGUCAGUCAGAAAGGAAACCAGAGACCACAGUCUUAAAACUGUAAAAAACGGAAUUUUUCUUGGAAUACAAAUGCUUUGAAAUUAAACAACGGAAGCUGACUUCUCCCAGAACCUCCAGAAGAACUCAGCCUGAGGGACCCCUCUGAGUCAAAUUUGUGUUAACCCUGAGAAGACCAGCCAUGUGGUACCAGGCUUUUGACCUACAGAAGUGGUGAGUUACCAGGUUUCGAGAUGCUGCGACUCUCUAGGCCCAAGCUGGGCAGGCUGAGGCUCAGCCUCUCCAAGAGGCUUCACCACAAGGCGGUGAUGGCGCUGAGGAGGGAGGAUGUGAAUGCCUGGGAGAGGCGGGCGCCUCUGGCCCCCCGGCACGUCAAAGGGAUCACCAAUCUGGGAUACAAGGUCUUAAUACAGCCUUCCAAUCGGCGGGCCAUUCAUGAUAAGGAAUAUGUGAAAGCUGGUGGCAUUCUUCAGGAGGAUAUUUCUGAAGCUUGUCUAAUUUUGGGAGUUAAAAGACCCCCAGAGGAAAAAUUAAUGUCCAAGAAGACUUAUGCAUUCUUCUCCCACACAAUAAAGGCUCAGGAGGCCAAUAUGGGUUUGUUGGAUGAGAUUCUAAAACAGGAAAUCCGACUUAUCGAUUAUGAGAAAAUGGUGGAUCAUAGAGGAAUACGGGUAGUGGCGUUUGGACAGUGGGCAGGUGUGGCAGGGAUGCUCAACAUUUUACAUGGAAUGGGUUUAAGGCUCCUUGCUUUGGGACACCACACACCUUUUAUGCACAUUGGCAUGGCUCAUAACUACAGGAACAGCAGUCAGGCUGUGCAAGCUGUCCGGGACGCUGGCUAUGAAAUAUCUCUGGGUUUGAUGCCAAAGUCAAUAGGACCCUUAACAUUUGUGUUCACAGGAACUGGUAACGUAUCUAAGGGAGCCCAAGAAAUCUUCAAUGAAUUACCUUGUGAAUAUGUGGAGCCACAUGAAUUAAAAGAAGUUUCCCAAACUGGAGACCUGAGAAAAGUGUACGGGACCGUGUUGAGUCGCCAUCAUCAUCUUGUCAGGAAAACCGAUGGUGUGUAUGACCCCAUCGAGUACGACAAGCAUCCUGAGCGCUACACAAGUCGUUUCAGUACCGACAUUGCACCCUAUACAACUUGUUUAAUCAAUGGGAUCUACUGGGAACAAAAUACCCCUCGUCUACUAACCCGCCAAGAUGCUCAGAGUCUCCUGGCUCCAGGCAAGUCCUCAGUUGCUGGUGUUGAAGGCUGCCCUGCAUUGCCACACAAACUUGUGGCAAUAUGUGACAUUUCAGCCGACACAGGAGGGUCUAUUGAGUUUAUGACUGAGUGUACGACAAUAGAGCACCCCUUUUGCAUGUAUGAUGCAGAUCAGCAUAUUAUUCAUGACAGUGUUGAAGGCUCUGGGAUUCUGAUGUGUUCCAUUGAUAAUUUGCCGGCACAACUUCCAAUUGAAUCUACAGAGUACUUUGGAGACAUGCUCUACCCUUUUGUUGAAGAAAUGAUCUUAUCAGAUGCGACGCAGCCUCUUGAAAGUCAGAAUUUUUCUCCCGUGGUGAGAGACGCAGUGAUUACAUCCAACGGCACACUGGCUAAGAAGUAUAAAUACAUCCAGACACUCCGAGAGAGCAGGGAACGUGCCCAGUCACUUUCAAUGGGCACCAAGAAAAAGGUCUUGGUUCUUGGAUCUGGUUACGUAUCUGAGCCUGUAUUGGAAUACCUGUCAAGAGACGACAAUGUAGAAAUAACAGUAGGCUCUGACAUGAAGAAUCAGAUCGAACAGUUGGGCAAGAAAUACGGUAUUAAUCCUGUGAGCCUGGAUGUUGGUAAACAGGAAGAGAAGUUGGGCUCCUUGGUGGCCACACAGGAUCUUGUCAUCAGCUUGCUGCCUUACGUACUGCAUCCUCUUGUGGCCAAGGCAUGCAUUGCAAGCAAAGUUAACAUGAUCACUGCAAGCUACAUCACUCCUGCGCUAAAGGAAUUAGAAAAGAGUGUGGAAGAUGCUGGCAUCACAGUCAUUGGUGAAUUGGGAUUGGACCCUGGUCUUGACCAUAUGUUGGCAAUGGAAACGAUAGAUAAGGCCAAAGAAGUGGGAGCCACGAUUGAAUCUUAUACUUCCUACUGUGGCGGGCUUCCAGCCCCUGAACAUUCAAACAAUCCUUUGAGAUACAAGUUUAGCUGGAGUCCAGUGGGAGUUUUGAUGAACAUCAUGCAGCCCGCCACCUAUCUGCUCAAUGGAAAGGUUGUGAAUGUCGUAGGGGGUGUCUCAUUUCUGGAUUCUGUUACUCCCAUGGAUUAUUUCCCUGGAUUGAAUUUGGAAGGUUAUCCUAACAGAGACAGCACAAAAUAUGCCGAGAUUUAUGGCAUUUCAUCGGCUCACACUUUAUUGCGAGGAACACUAAGGUACAAGGGAUAUGCCAAAGCCUUGAAUGGCUUUGUAAAACUGGGUCUUAUAAACAGAGAUGUGUUUCCUGCCCUCCAACCUGAAGCCAGCCCCCUCACCUGGAAAGAACUCCUCUGUGAUCUAGUUGGGAUUUUACCCUCCUCCAAGUCUGAUGUGCUUAAGGAAGCUGUCUUUAAGAAACUAGGAGGAGACAGUGCCCAGCUGGAGGCUGCCGAAUGGUUGGGCUUACUUGGGGAUGAGCAAGUCCCUCGGGCAGAGUCUCUGGUGGAUGCACUCUCCAAACAUUUGGCCACGAAGCUCUCCUAUGGCCCUGGAGAGAAAGAUAUGAUUGUGAUGAGAGACAACUUUGGAAUCAGACAUCCUUCUGGACAUCUAGAAAAUAAAACAAUUGAUCUUGUGGUUUACGGGGAUGUCAAUGGCUUUUCAGCCAUGGCCAAAACUGUGGGGUUACCCACUGCUAUGGCAGCCAAGAUGUUACUUGAUGGUGAAAUUCAAGCUAAAGGCCUGAUGGGGCCGUUUUCAAAGGAGAUCUAUGGACCAAUAUUGGAGAGAAUUAAAGCAGAAGGCAUUAUGUAUACUACACAGAGCACAAUCAAGCCAUAAUUGAGAAUUAUAUCUUGUUUUUAUCUUCCCAGGCAACACAGCUCUGAACUGUGGUGCAAAAACAUGCUUGCUAAUGUGAUCUAUCAAAAUAUAAAGCAUGAUAUGUCUUGGUGAAGUCAAUACAAUGGUGUUUUUGAAAUAUAAAUCUCUAUUUUAAUAUGCAACAUCUGAACAAGAGAUGCUGGUAAUUACCAGAGAACUUUAAUAAUUCUAUCAUGUGUUUUCCAUGUAUGUAUAAAAGUAAUAACGACUGUAUCAUUUGUUAAUUUAUUAUGCAACUUUUUCUUACAGCAACAUAUUUUCCUGUAAUCAGCAGGUGACGUUUUUAAUCUUUUUAGUAAGAAAAAAUUUGGAGUUCCCAUGGUGGCUCAGCAGAAACAAACCUGGCUAGUGUCCAUGAGGUCGUGGGUUUGAUCCCUGGCCUCGCUCAGUGGGUUAAGGAUUCGGUGUUGCCCUGAGCUGUGGUGCAGGUUGCAGACAUGGCUCGCAUCUGGUGUGGCUGUGGCUGUGGCGUAGGCUGGCAGCUAUAGCUCCAGUUUGACCCCUAACCUGGGAAUUUCCAUAUGCCAUGGGUGUGGCCCUAAAAAGCAAAAAGAGCAAAGAAAACAUUUCUUCAUGCAGCUUUAUUUUUGUAUUUUUCAAACUGACUCAGUUGGAUGCCUAUCCAUAAACCUGUGCAUCAGUGCUAUUUUAUGCCUUUUUUGUAAAAUUACGAUUUAUUUAGAAAUGAUAUUUCUUAACGGUUUUCUCUUGAGUGUUUGGAAAAUGAAAUAUGUAAGAUUAAAUCAAAAUCUACAUGAUCACCUCAUUAAGCAUAGAAAAAACUAAUACAUGAAUUCAGCAAACUUGUGAGAUACAAGAUUUUCAAAAAUUGACUAUAUUUGUAUGUAGUUUCAAUUGAACAAAACAAAAGUGAUAUUAAGAAAACAAUUCUAGGAGUUCUCUUGUGGUGCAGCAGGUUAAGGAUCUGGCAUUGCCAUAGUUGUGACACAGGUCACAACUAAGGCGGAGUUAUGAUCCCUGGCCCAGGAACUUCCACAUGCUCCAUUUUUUUUUAAGUUAAAAAAUUAAAAAAAAAAUUCUGAGGAAAAAGUGUAAAAUAGGAAUAGAUUGAGAGUCUAGAAGUAACUUUCACAUUUAUGGUCAAUUUUUGAAAAAGGCAAUAGAGGAAAAUAGUCUUUUCAUCAAAUUGUUCUAAGACAACUGGAUAUCCACGUGCAAAAGAAUAAAGUUAGAAUCCCUUUAAUGUAUGGCAGAAAUUGGCACAAUAUUAAAUCAACUACACUUUAAUUUUUUAAAAAAGUAAAAAAAAAAACCCAAAUAGUUAGACUCCCUAUCUCAGAACACAUAUAAAAAUUAUCUCAGAAUGGAUCAAAGACCUAAAUAUAAGCGCUGACAUUAUAAAACUUUUAGAUGAAAUCAUAGGUGUAAAUCUUCAUGACCUUGGAUUAGGCAAUGGUUUCUUAAAUAAAUGACAUCAAAAGCAUAAGCAACAAAUGGGAAAAAUAAUAGAUAAGUUGGAUAUCAUCAGAAUUAAAGACUUAUUUGCUCCCAAGAAUACCAUUUAGAAGGCAAAAUACAACCCACAGAAUGAGAAACUUUUGCAAAUCAUAUAUCAGGUAAGAGAAGAACUUGUAUUUAGAAUAAAGAACUAUAUCCCAUAAAACGACAAAGCCCAAUUGAAAAAAUGGACAAAGGGUCAGAAUUGACAGUUCUCCAAAGAAGAUAUACAAAAGGCCAAUAAACAUAGGAGAAGAUGAUCAAUAUGCAUUAGCUCUCAGGGAAAUACAAAUCAAACCUACAGAAAAAUACCACUUCAGAGUCACCAGGAUAGCUAUUGUGAAAAAGAUAACAAGUGUUGGUGAAGACGUGGAGAAACUGGAACCCUCAUAAACUUCUAGUGGAACUACCAAAUGGUGUAGCUGCUUGGGAAAACAGUUUGGCAGUACCUCAAAUGGUUAAACAUAGUUACCGUAUAAUCCAGCGAUUCCACUCUUAGGUAUACACCCAGGAGAAAUGGAAAUAUGUCCACCCAACAACUUAUAAAGAGAUGUUCAUAACAGCACUAUUCAUAACAACCAGAAACCAAACCAAGUCAAAUAAAUGUCCAUCUAAUAAUGGAUGAAUAAACAAAAGGUGGCGUAUCUAUACCCUGGAAUUUUUAUCUGGCAAUAAAAGAGAAAUGAAGUACUGAUAACAUGAUACAACAUGGACACACCUUGAAAAUAUACUAAGUGAAAGAAGCCAGGCAUGAAAGGCACAUAACGUGUGGUCUCAAUUGUAUGAAAUGUCCAGAGUAGUCAAAUCUCUACACGGGAGAAAGUAGAUUAGUGGGUGCGUAGGGCUGGGGGGCUUGGGGGGAGUGGGAGUGACUGCUAAUGAGUUUGGGGGGUUUUGCGGGGAGAUGAUGAAAAUGUUGUGGAAUUGAUUGUGGGAAUGGAGGCACAACUCUGUGAAUAUACUAAAAUUACUGAAUUGUACGCUUUGUGUGAAUUGUACAGGAUGUGAAUUAUAUCUCAAGUUGUAUAAAUCUUUUUUUCACCUUAGAGAAAAAAAAUGUUUCUCUUUAGGGAUAUACAUUAAACUUUCUGAUGGGCCGUGGUCA